CAAAAUAAUGCGAAUUUAAAACGUGAUUGAUUUGUGAAUCGGUUCAUUGAAUCAGUCAUGGAAAAGAUUCGACUCACCCAAAAUAACUAUUUGUUCAAUCAUCAAUGAGAGACAACGCUGGGUUACUGUAGAAAGGGUGUGCUUUAUUGCAUUUUAUUCGCGUAUUUUUCGUUUACGUUAAGCUAAAAUGCGGUGUGAUAUUUCCUCUGCCUCUCAAGGCUCUCAUCAAAAUUAAAAUGAAAAUGGUUUCACCUCCUCUGCUGUGAAUGUAGGCUGCAUAUUGCAAUGAAGGGACAAAAAAAGCUUUUCCUGACUGAAUAAGAGAUCCUGAAGACACCUUCAUCAUGACCCUGUCAGAUUUUAUUGGAGCCCUUAAGGACAACCCUUACUUUGGGGCAGGAUUUGGACUAGUUGGUAUUGGCACAGCACUUGCGGUUGCCAGAAAAGGGGCACAGGUCGGCAUGAUCUUCUUCAGAAGACAUUACAUGAUCACGCUGGAGGUCCCAAGCAGAGAUAAAAGUUAUCACUGGCUAUUAAGCUGGAUCACUAAACAUGCCAAACACACCCAGCAUUUGAGUGUAGAGACCUCAUACAUGCAGCAUGAGAGUGGACGAGUCCACACACAGUUUGACUUCCAUCCGAGUCCAGGCAACCACAUCAUUUGGUAUGGCAGGAAGUGGAUCAGAGUAGAGAGGACCAGAGAAAAGCAGAUGGUUGACUUGCACACUGGAACACCCUGGGAGUCCGUCACCUUCACUGCUCUGGGCAGAGACCGCCAAAUAUUCUUCAACAUACUUCAAGAAGCACGUGAACUUGCUUUAAAGCAAGAAGAGGGCCGAACUGUGAUGUACACUGCACUUGGAGCAGAGUGGAGGCCAUUCGGGUUUCCAAGGCGAAGACGACCUCUGUCUUCAGUAGUGCUGGAGAAUGGUUUGGCGGAGAGGAUCGUGGAUGAUGUAAAGGAGUUCAUUGGCAAUCCUAAGUGGUACACUGACAGAGGCAUUCCAUAUAGGAGGGGAUAUCUGCUGUAUGGACCCCCAGGCUGUGGAAAGAGCAGCUUCAUAACUGCGUUAGCAGGCGAGCUGGGUUACAGCAUCUGUCUGAUGAGUCUCAGUGACCGCAGCCUGUCUGACGAUCGCCUCAACCACCUGCUGAGUGUCGCUCCACAGCAAAGCAUCAUCCUGCUAGAGGACGUGGAUGCAGCCUUCAUCAGCCGGGAGCUGCUGCCCACAGAGACUCCACUGGCCUAUCAGGGCAUGGGAAGACUCACUUUCAGUGGACUUCUCAAUGCUCUGGAUGGAGUGGCAUCUUCAGAGGCCCGAAUUGUGUUCAUGACAACUAAUUUCAUUGAGAGACUUGAUCCGGCUCUUGUUCGACCUGGCCGUGUUGAUCUGAAGCAGUAUGUGGGCCACUGCUCUCACUGGCAGCUGACUCAGAUGUUCCGGAGGUUUUACCCUCAGGAGUCUGCAGCCGAGGCUGAGCAGUUCGCCGAGCAAGCGCUGACAGCACACACAGAGCUCAGCGCCGCUCAGGUGCAAGGACACUUCAUGCUCUACAAGACAGACCCGGCUGGCUCCAUCAAAAACAUUGCAGAGAUGAAGGAGUGAAGACUUUUAGAAAUUUACCCCUGGAUGAAGGCUUUUCACACACGGGAGUAAUAAAAUCCAAAAGAAUUGUGAAAAAUUUGUGUAUUUCUUCUGUUGUUACUGUUAUUGGUUAAGCAACAACAGAUCAGUGU